UGUUGUUAGUGAGUGACUGAGAUGGAAGUGAAGCUGCUGCUCACCGUCUUCAUGCUCCUCGUACAGGUGUCACUUGCACUGUGGCAGCGUGUGACUGUGAUGAAAGGUCAGACUCUUGACUUAAGCUGCCCCAUUAGUAAUCCUCACAAGACCACUGUGGAGUGGAGGAACCCAAAAGGAUACAUUAUGUUUUUCAAUCGCAAUAAAGCUUUAAAGGACAAGCGUUACAGAAUCGACAGACUGUCGGAAUCCGAAUUCUCCAUCAGUAUUUCCAACAUCACCUUCAAAGAUGGUGGCAACUACACAUGUUCUCACUAUGACCACCACACAAAAGAGAAGAUAGUGGAGGUGACAGUGUUAGGUUAUCCUAGAAUGAAAGUGGCAGAGCAUGAAGGACAGCUUGUCAUUAAAUGCACUGCUGAGGGGAACCACUAUCCUCCACAGAUCUCCUGGAAAGUAGGCCAGUGGCCUGAGAUUAGGGGUCAUGCCCAAGUCCAUCAUGAAGAUAAAACAUAUGUGUCCGUGGAUAUGUUACAUGUUCAGCAAGACAAGAAGAGAGUGACUGUGAAAUGCCUCGUUCGCCAUCCAGCUCUGCUCUCACCACCUCUGAUGAACUUUGUCAAAAUUGGACAAGGCAGAAGAAAGUUCCACCGCACAACUACGACUAGUUUACCUACAGCUGCAGGGUCGGCAGAGGUACCGACAACAACCAGUGGGUCCAGACAUGAGACAACAUCAACAGUCCACCUCACAACCACAGAUGCGAAUGGGCCUCCAUCAGAGAGCUCUAUCCAGUUAUCAGCUGUUUCCUCCAAUCACCCGUUUCCUUCCAGGGAGCCACAGACGGUUUCAGCAUCCAGCCGGUCUCCUAUAAACCCUGAUACAGGCUCACAUCUCAGCACUACUGGCUGGACGUCUGUGUCUGAAACGACAGAGGAGAUCACAUCCUACAACAGCACAGGGAGAAACCCACCAGGGAGCACAAAUGACCCACGGAUGCAGACAGGAAGUCAAGGCAAUUCCUCAUUACUGGUCUUUCUGGUGACGUGCCUGAUUGUCUGUCUCCUGAUCGUGGUCACGUUUUUUGCUAUCAAGCUGAGGAGAGCGCACAUCACCUGGAAGAAAGUUUUCAUUGUUACAGAGAAUGAGGACUCUAAUCCUUCAGAGGAGAGCAGCAAAUCGAAAUCAAGCCAAGAGGAGAAGAACUCUAAGGGACAAAGGCGAAGAGGGCUCUUCAACACAGCAUUCACACAGUAUGUGGCUGAAGAACCAGCAGUGAUCCCUUCAAACACAGGUGCCAUGUCAGCAACAGAGAGUGUAAAUCAGGAGAGGACUUCUGAACCUCAACCCCCAUCCCAAUCUUCAGCCCAAUGUGACAUAAAGGAGACAGAGCUAUAAGAGUCUGUAAAAUACUGCAUUGUCUUUGUUUUACUCCACUGGUCACAAUGAGUGUAUGUUUACACAGAAAAGAAUGUGGUGACGCAUUGUCUCAACUAUAGUACUGUUCUGUAAUGUGUAAAUACUGUACAGUUUGUUUACAUGUAAGAAUAAAAUAUAUUUUGCGAGAA